GUUUGUGAACACAAUUGUGUAUGUCAGGCCAUAAAUCUCCAAAAACUAUGCAUGGGCGCUUGCUUUGGUGUUGCCACCCCUCAUAGACCUCAUGCCACCCCUCUGUCACCCUAUAAAUCAUUUUCUAGAUCCGCCCCUGUUCACAGUUCACACACACAGAUACACCAUAAAAGCCAUCAGACACCCACAUCAACAACUCAUUUCAGGUGAAAACUUUUCCUAAAAUGGAAACCAGCAAGGUCAUCUCAACUGACAAAGCUACAGUUGUCAUCCAAGUGAAUCCACAGGUGACACAAAAUACUGUUAUUUGUGAUGAUGGACAGGAGACCAGAGGAACAUAUGACAAUACGGCUCUAACAGAAUUUUUCAAAGCACAACCAAAGGCGUUGGGGACUGCCCAAAUAAUGAUUGGAGUGGUGUUUUUUUUAUUUGGUAUCUUACGCACCACCGAAGCCUUCAGUUACUGUCACGAAAUUAUUUCUGUCAUUAGUGGCAUAACCUACUGGGGAUCCAUUAUUUACAUCAUUGCUGGCUCUCUGUCUGUUGCUGCGCAGAACAAACUUCAUCUGUGUGUGGUGAAAGCCUCUCUUAUAAUGAAUGUGAUCAGUGCCAUAACUGCAGGGACAGCCAUUGUUCUGAUGUCCACAGAGAUGGGACUCAUUUCCAAUCGAAGGUGGUACUAUGGCUCUGAUUAUACUGGCAUCUGUUUAAAUUUGAAGAAAUAUAAUCUGGGGAUCAGUGGAAUAAUGCUGGUGUUCACCAUUGCUCAGUUCAUCAUCUCCAUCUGUAUCUCAGGAUUUGCCUGCAAAGCCACCUGCAACAGAGACUCUACAGUGGUCAAUGUGGCACUAAACCAGGUAAAUGAUUUAGUGGAAAGGAUGUAAUUACUAGAUAUAACCAGGGCUGCAUUCAGUUUUAUCCCAACCACCAAUAGUUGUUUUUUUAAGCCUUUGUCCACCUACUAGUCUGUUGAAGUGGAUUACAGUGAGUCUGAUCAUGAGUCUGAGUGUCUUGUGUUCUAACAUAUCUUGUCUGUUACUUCUCAGGGAUUCUGAGACACAAUGAUGAGAUCCUACCAGCCAAAGGUUGAGAGGAAUAUCUCAUAUUAUUGCAUCUGAUGAUUAAAGCUU